UAUCUUCGGGGGCGGACCAGUCACCGGAAAAUGCUGUAACUGCCAGUAUACGGCUGCUAAAACGAAACCGUUGAUAUCUUAACCGCCCAAACGCCUCCGUCGAAACAAACAGGGAUUCUCCAAUUUCCGAUUAUAAAUUACUCCCGCAGUUGGAUUCGAUUUUACCGAAGUUCAGAAUUAGUAGUAGAAUCUUUUCCUUCCUUCUGCACAGUACUCUUUUAGCGAUAAUGGAGUCCGGCAUGGUCGUCUCAGAAGCCAUCUCUGAGCUCAAGAAUGAAAUCCGUAAUGAGGAGGAAAAGCUCCUGGUCGUUGCUCCAGAUGGUGAGGUUAAGGAGAUCGCUGUUUUGACCGAGAUCAAGAAGAAGAGGAACCAAAUCCAGGUUUCGAAUGUCAAGAAGCCGUUCUUCUACUACUACAAUCUUUCUAAGAGGUACAUUAAGCAGUACAACGAAGUAGAGCUCUCUGCCCUAGGAAUGGCUAUACCUACUGUAGUGACGAUCGCCGAGAUUCUGAAGAAGAAUGGAUUAGCAUUUCAAAAGUAUUUGACGAUAUCUUCUGUAAGCUUGAAGAAUGGGGAAAAUGAUAGGCUGGUUAUGAAACCUAAGAUUGAGAUUGCCCUGAUAAAUGCAGAAAAGAUGAAGAAAAUUUCGACUGCUACAACAAGUGAAGAUUCCUGAUAUGAGUUUUGUUAGUGUAGUAUGAUCUCGGAUGUGGCUUUUCUUCUUGUUUAGCCUACUUUGUCCAGAGUUUCUACAGGAGAUGGGAGAUUUGGUAGCGAAUAGGCGAGUGAAUGGCAGAGCUUUUGGUCGAAGUAGAUUCAAUCCUAACAGAACUGAAGGAGAAGAGUCCAUUGUUAAAGAUUGGAUGUAGAGCAGCUUUCUUUGUAAUUCUUCAACUACCAAAUUCUAAUUGCAUAUAAAAUUGAAUGAACAGACUGAUUCAUUGUC